GGCGGCGGGGCGGGCUGGCGGCCCUCUCGUCCCGCACAGGGCCCGGCGAUGCCGAGCGGCGGCGGCUGCUGCUGAGGCCGGCGGCGGGAGCGUGCAGGCGGCGCGCGGGGCGGAGAUGGGCGCCGGAGAGAAGGAGAACCAUCCCCAGGCGCCCCGGGGGCCGCUGCGGACUCCCCUGAAGCAGGCGGGCGGCUCGCAGCGCGUCCUGGCCGAGCUGCAGCCCGGCUGUCAGCCGCUCGCCACGCCCCCCAAGCCCGGGGAGGCCCUUCCCGCCGAGCCAUGGACGCCCACGGCCAACCUGAAGGUGCUGAUCAGCGCCGUCAGCCCGGAGAUCCGCAGCCGCGAGCAGAGCCGGGGGCUGCAGGGAGCCCGCUGCUGCCAGGAGCACUUAUCAGGAGAUGAGUAUGAAAGAUCUCAACCGAGCCGCAAGGAGAAGAGCCUGGGAUUGCUGUGCCAUAAAUUCCUGGCUCGCUAUCCCGAUUACCCCAGCGCUGUGGAGAGCAACUACAUUUGCCUUGAUGAAGUAGCCGAGGAGCUCAAUGUUGAACGUAGACGUAUCUAUGAUAUUGUGAAUGUGCUCGAGAGCCUCCACAUGGUGAGCCGCCUUGCCAAAAACAGAUACAUUUGGCAUGGGCGGCAUAACCUUGCCGAAACCCUGCAGACCUUGAAGAAAGUUGGAGAGGAGAACAAAUACACGCAGCAAAUUCAGAUGAUCAAGAAAAGAGAGUACGAGCACGAGUUUGAUUUGGAUGGCAAAAGAAAUGAAGAAGUGGCAAGAUCCUUCAUCUCCAGUGAGCAUUCAGAAAUGUGUUUUGUGGAGCUCCCAGGAAUCGAAUUCCGUGCUGCCUCCGUAAAUAGCAGGAAAGACAAGUCUCUACGAGUGAUGAGUCAGAAAUUUGUGAUGCUGUUUCUUGUAUCAACCCCUCAAAUAGUAAGCCUUGAAGUUGCUGCUAAAAUCUUGAUUGGAGAAGAUCAGUUAGAAGACUUAGAUAAAAGCAAGUUUAAAACUAAAAUCAGGAGACUUUAUGACAUAGCAAAUGUUCUCAGCAGCCUUGAGCUUAUCAAGAAAGUUCACGUAACAGAGGAGAGGGGUAGAAAACCAGCAUUUAAAUGGACAGGGCCUGAAGUCCCACCAAACACCCAGGCUACAAAGCUUGAAACAACAUCUGCACCCUGCAGCUCACAUAUUUCAGAAUCCACCACUUCCAAGGAGCAAUGUUCAAAAAAUCUUUUUCCUUCAAGAGUAAAGCAAAGCUUCACUCGGCAUCCAUCCCUAAUAAAGUUAGUUAAAAGUAUAGAAAGUGACAGAAGGAAGAUCCAAUCUGCUCCAACCAGUCCAGUUAAAAUAAGCACAACAGGUACAGAUGAAAAUGUACCAGUUUACACAAGUAAAAUGCCUCAGCUUGCAGCAGUCCCUCAAUAUCAGCUGGAAGAACCACCAAAGAGACAGAAAGACAUGAAAAAGAAUCUGUCAGGAUCUGCUUUGGAGCACAGUCUGCCCUGGCCGGAGGCAGCUCCCAAGGCCAACACUCACACUGUUGCACCCCCUCCAAAGUCGCUUCUCACUCAGCCAUUAGGUGCUCUGCCUCCAAGCCACCGGUCAGCAUCACCAGUGAUACUACCUCAGCCUCAUUCUGGUGCCUCCUAUGCAAUAUAUCUGCAUCCUUCUCAAGCCCACACUGUGACGGCGUACAGCCCGAGUUUCAUGUUGCAGCCUCUACCAUGUGCUAAUGUGACAGGAAUUAAAAGUAUUACUGCAAAGGCAUUAAGUGAAAUGACGACCAAGGAAGGGGACAAUUGCACAGCUGCAGCUGAUUCAGGAAAGGCCAUGGCAGCUAAAGAAAGACCAGUUAUGGAAUCUGAAUCUUCAUCAAAGAGGUGCCUUAAGAGGUCUCAAGCACUACAAGAGAAUAACUUGAUUAAAAAGCAUAGAAGUGAUGAGGAAAGCCUUGAUACUGCUGUGGGAGAACCUACUAAACAAGAAAGACCACCUUCCAUCAGCUCACAAACCAAUCACCAAAUGGACAACUUCCAGGAAGAGAAACAGAACAGAUCUGAAACACUAGAUCAAAGCAUGGCAGGUUGUUCUGAGCAAUACAAAAGAGAAUGCGCUCCAGAAGAUGAGGACAGAACUAAAACUAAACAAGACAUACCUGUGGCAUUUGCCAUUCCUGCUCAUGAGACCUUUUUUCCAUCUGGCUACCUUAUUCCUCUUACUCAGUGCACUCACCAUAGCAAUAAGGCAGGUCUUCCUAGUAGAGAGAAAACUGGGACGUGUUCAUUGCAUCACACCGCUACCCACAGCUCACCCACUGCAGGUGUCAUUCCAAUGAUAGCAUCUGAACUGAAAGCAGUUAACAUUCCAGCUUUUCAUAUAACAUCCUUGAACAUCAUGCUGUCACCAACUUCUAUAGCUGCUGCGCCUGUACUGAGCAACUCCCAUCUCAAUUCUAGCAGCACCAGUUCUGUCCCAAAUCCAAGUUCUUCACUUCUGAACUUUACACUGCAACAUGUGGGACUAAUACCCGCUGGUGUGCAAGUUCCUGCAAAUCCUGUUCUUCAGCAUAUCCCAAUCCCAUCAAAACCAGAAAGCAUUAACCAUAGCUCAGAAAACAUGACCUUACAAGAAGAAAAGCCUACUGUGCCAAAGGAACCCCCGGAGCCUCAGUCGGUGACAGAAAGCUUUUUCCGCACACCAGGAGGACCAAACUCAGCGCCUUUGCUGUCUGCAAACUCAGGUGGUACUGACACAAUCUCCCAAGGAACCUCACAUAUUCCUCAACGAAAACUUGAAGUGUCAGAAAACUGAUCUUUGGACAUCGAAUUGCUGACUGUGUUAGCAGGCAUAAUUACUGUUAACACACUGCACACGUGAUGAGUUGUACAAUGGACAAGGUGUGUUUUGGAUGUGAAUCGGCAAGACAACAAUACUGGAACAGCCUUAAUGCUUUAGAAUUAAAACUGGCUUUACUGAGAAAGUGAGGGCUAAGUAUUUUUACACAGGGCUUACCUGAAGUAUUAUGGCAACCGAGUUUUGUAUCUCACGUCUUCUGUGUUGCUUUUCUUCUAUGCAAAGUAAGCUGAAAAAAUUUCUGUCUUUGUACAGAAAGGUACAGUCUGUCAAUCAGUGCAUAUUUUGCACAAAGGAAGUACUGUGAGCAUGUACAUAUUCUAUGUUUUACUAAAAGGCCAUAGUUAGAAUUUCUUUUGCUCCUAUGUUCAGUGAUCCUCUUUUGUAAAGUUAGUUUAAAAAAUCUUUAACAACAACAACAAAAUCUUAAGUUUUAUAUAAGUUAAUUAUUUAUACUGUAUUGUAAAAAAUAAUUUGUUCUGACAAAAAUUACAUCGAACUCAUUUUGACUUUUUUUUUGUUUAAUGAAAUUAAAUUACUGGAGUUGUGUAA